GUUCUGCGGCUCUGGCUCGUUGGCUCUCACCUCCCGCUCACACCGCACAGCCCUCACUUGCAGACCUUUUCGGCUGACCUCAGCGCCCUGUUCUUUUUCCGUGCCAGCGUGUCGCACUUUUCCCAAACCAGCUCCCUCAACCUAUAUUCCUUUCAUCCUCUCUUUUUUCGAACCACGUCCAGUUUUGAUUCAUCCUUUGCGCUGGGAUAACUCCCGACCAGUAACUCUUUCCUAGAGCUUCGCUAUUGGCCGCUCGUCCUGGAGCCAGACUUUGUUCGAAAUUACGUUCAGCUAGCGACGCGAGACUGAAUAACACAUUUACAUGAAAUGGCGGCGAUUGUGCAUCUCCAGAUGCCGGUCUUUGAAGCGAGCGCAGCAGCAGACCCUGGAAUCCGUCUGUUCGGGCGGACGAUUGAGGCCACCACGAGCCAGAGCGACUCGCCUCGCGCGUCGGUAUCUGGCGAAUCGAGGCGAACCAAUGGUGGUCAGGAGGAUGACACCGCCGAAACUGCCGGAUCUUCCGCCGUGACUUCCGCAGCCUCUCAGCAGCAAUGCCGCGGACUGGAUGCGAUACUAGCCGCGGCAAUGGAGGGCCAAGCAGCGGCCGGCAAGCCAAGCAUGAAAGGCCAAACCGGCGGCAUCGCGGCGUGCUCGAGCCUGAAAAGCCAAGUCGACGAUGAGAGCGACGGCGAGCGGCGCUCAGGGAACGGCGCGACGGAGAGCGAGGAUGAACAUAUCGAGGACGAGGGGGUGAAUAACGCCGGAUGCAGAAAUCAUUCGGAGCAGGACGACCAGGAUAGCGACGGAGCAGGGGAUAGCGACGGAGCCGGCGAUAGCGGCGUGGACGAGCAAACGGAGCAGGGACAGCCGGGGCAGGUGCAACCGCAACUGGAGCAGCAAACGGCAAAGCAACAGUCCACCUGCGACGAGCAGCAACAGCAGCAGCAGCAGGAGGAGACUUGUGACCAGCCGCAGCAGCUGGAGCAGCUAUCGCCGCAGCGGUCGCAGCAGCAGCAGGAGCAGCAGUCAGAGCAGCAGUCGCUGAAGCGGCCGACGGAGAAGCUUCCUUGCCCGCGGUGCGCGAGUUUGGACACCAAGUUCUGCUACUACAACAACUACAACGCCUCCCAGCCGCGCCACUUCUGCAAGGCCUGCCAGCGCUACUGGACCGCCGGCGGAACGCUCCGCAACGUCCCCGUCGGCUCGGGCCGGCGCAAGGGCAAGGCCCCCGCGGGCGCCGCCACCGUCGCCGCCGUCGCUGCGGGUGUCGCUGGGCCCGCAGGAAAUUCACAGCCGGCCGGCGUGGCGGUUGCCGGUCCGUUCGGGUUCUGCUCGCCGAUUGGUCGCAGCUGCAGCCCGGACGGCAGCAGCAUCACUGGAUUGACCGGCUUGACCGGACUGACCGCAUUGAGUGCCGGAGUGAGCGGCGGGUUGACCGGAAUGGCCAGUCCGGGGGCUGAAGUGCUGAGUCCGAGCUCCCCCGCCGCUGCCGCCGCCGCCGCCGCCGCCGCAAUGGCCGCCGCAUCUGCCGCCGCCGCAGCCGUCGCGGGGUCUUCUCGCUGGGGCAUCGACCCCGCUGUCGUUUCUACGGAUGCUGGGACUAAUGCUGGAUCGAGUCUAUUUACCGGCGGCUUACCGUACGGCCAGUUUGUGCCGUCUAAUUUGCCGACGCAUCUGCCGGCGCACCUGCCGGUGCACGUACCUCCGCAUAUGGCGGGUGACGCCAGCGCCGCUCUCCGCCAAAUGGGGCUUCCUUCCGCCUUUUCCGCCCCCACCGGCGCAACUUCCGCCUCGCCGCCUGGGGCGCCGAACGCGCAGGGAACAUCGGGAGCAGCGGGAGCGGUGGGAGCGGUUCACUCGUUCCCCUACUCGCCCGUCGAAUUCCAUGGGAGGAUGGGCGGAAACCCGGGGGGUUUGGCGGCGCUUUACCCGUGGAGAUUCGCCGCGGUUCCUCCCUUCGCGCAAGGUCAGGCGCAGGCUUCCGCCGAGGCUACGCUUUCUCUCCCUGGACUUCCCAACUUAUCCACGCCUGGCGCGAGCCCCUCCGCGCACUCCCCGCUUCUCGUGUCCGCGCCCGUACCUUCUCCUUGGUCCCCGUACAUGGGCGUGUAUCAUCCCGGGCCCGGCGUUCUUCUGCCUGCGUCCGCGCAGCAUCCCCCGAGCGCUUCCCCCUUCGCUCCCCCCUUCAACAUGCCUGCUUUUCCGCCAGGCGCGCUUGGGCCCUGGUCUUCCACGGGCUUCCCCAAUGCGCCCAGCCCUCACUCCGCGCAGCUUCCCCCUCAUCCGCCCAUGGACCUAUCCCGCCCAGGAGGAACCCUUUCCCCCUGGUCCGCCGUUCCCCCCCACCCCCCAACUGCUUCCGCCACUGCCGCUGCUGCAGCUGGUGCUAUGGCUGCUCGUCUCCCCUCUGCUUCGGUCCCUGCUUCGGUUGGAGGUCCGGUGCCAUCCGGAGCUUCGUUCCAGUGGUGGCAGGUCCCAGGCGCAGGAGCAGGCUCGGCAGCUGCCGGACCUGAUGGUCUGCCCGUGCCUGGUGUUGCAGGGGGAAAUGGAGGGGGAGAGGGGGGCACUCAGAUGGAGGGGAUCUGUGGGAAGAGAGCAAGAGAUGGCGAGGGGGUUCCGAGUGGGGGUGAUGGUGCUGUGGUUGACUUCCUGAACAAGCGGCAAAGAGAGUGCUGAGUCGGAGUUGGAUGGUUUAUCUUGCGGUUCAGUGCGGUGGUGUGCCCACAUGCAACUCUGAUAUACUCGUUACAAAGUAACUAGAGUAUGUACUCCUAAGUGCAGGCGUCUACAGAGAGGCCCAUCUGGCAUGGCUUUUAAAUACAGGUGUUUUGUGCUUAUAAUUCUACUGGUUUGCCUUGCGUAAUGUUCUUGACUCCUCCCGAAGGUAACUGUUUCUGGUCUAACUAAUAAAAUGGCUUGUACUUU